CAAUAGAUGCACAGUUAAAAUAUUUGCUAGAUAGAGAAACAGAACUACAGUUACAAAUUGCUGAAUUAACAGAAGAAAUUGCACAACUAGAAGCUAAAAUUAUUAAUAAGGAUGGUCAAGACGGUAGUUUAACAUGCAGUGGGAAUGGAAAAAAGAGAGAGCGUGGAGAUAAUGCUGAAAAAAAUGAUAUUUGCUGGGAAGAGUUUGAAGCGCCAGAAUGGUGUAUUCCUAUUAAAGCAGAUGUGUUAACAUUUGAAUGGGAUCAUUCAAUAAUUAAUUCUAAUUUUUUAUUAACGUCAAAGGUAUUCGCAAAAGAAUGUCAAUUUGAUGUAAUUCUAAUGGACCCACCAUGGCAAUUGGCAACGCAUGCCCCAACUCGUGGUGUCGCAAUCGCUUAUCAACAGUUACCAGAUAUUUGUAUCGAGGAGUUGCCCAUACCGAAAUUACAAAAAAAUGGAUUUUUAUUUAUAUGGGUAAUUAAUAACAAAUAUUCCAAGGCUUUUGAAAUGUUGAAAAAGUGGGGAUAUUGUGAUGAUAUUACAUGGGUGAAGCAAACUGUAAAUAGAAGAAUGGCUAAAGGACAUGGGUUCUAUUUACAACAUGCAAAAGAAACCUGUUUAAUGGGAAGAAAAGGAAAGGAUCCACCGGGAUGUAAACAUUCGAUUUCUUCUGAUGUAAUAUUUUCGGAAAGACGUGGUCAAAGUCAAAAACCUGAAGAAUUAUAUCAGAUGAUUGAGGAAUUAGUUCCAAAUGGAAACUAUUUGGAAAUAUUUGGUAGGAAAAAUAACUUACGCGAUUAUUGGGUAACUAUUGGUAAUGAAUUAUGA